GGACCGGGAAUGUUAUCAGCCAUGGAAGUACUGUACAGCGGGAAUAAAGAAGAACACCCAGAGCCCGUAAAGGCCGAGGUGCGGGGUCAGCUGCCCACUUGGUUGCAAGGGAUCCUUCUCCGGAAUGGCCCAGGGAUGCACUCCGUAGGGGACAGCAAGUACAACCACUGGUUUGAUGGCUUGGCUCUGCUGCACAGCUUUACAUUUAAAAAUGGUGAAGUUUACUACAGAAGUAAGUACCUCCGAAGCGACACGUACAACUGCAACGUAGAAGCAAACAGAAUUGUGGUGUCUGAGUUUGGCACUAUGGCUUAUCCAGAUCCAUGUAAAAACAUAUUUGCCAAGGCAUUCUGCUAUUUGUCUCACACCAUUCCUGAGUUCACAGACAACUGCCUGAUCAACAUUAUGAAAGCUGGGGAUGAUUUUUAUGCUACCAGCGAGACCAACUUCAUCAGGAAAAUUAAUCCGCAGACUCUGGAGACGUUGGACAAGGUUGACUACAACAAAUACAUAGCUGUAAGUGUGACAACUUCUCACCCACACUAUGACAGUGCUGGAAAUAUUUUCAACAUGGGCACUUCAAUAGUUGAUAAAGGGAAGACAAAAUACGUUCUAUUUAAGAUUCCUUCCUCUGUGCCAGAACAAGAAAAGAAGAAAUCUUGUUUCAAACACCUGGAAGUGGUUUGCUCCAUCCCUUCUCGCUCUCUGCUCCACCCCAGCUACUACCACAGCUUUGGAAUCACAGAGAAUUACAUCAUCUUCGUGGAGCAGCCCUUCAGGCUGGAUAUUGUCAAAAUGGCAACUGCUUACAUCCGAGGGGUGAGCUGGGCUUCCUGCCUUGCCUUCAAUAAGGAUGACAAGACUUGGUUUCACUUUGUAGACAGGAAGACUAAAAAAGAAGUGUCCACCAAGUUUUAUACUGAUGCCAUGGUAUUUUUCCACCAUGUAAAUGCUUAUGAAGAGGAUGGCCACAUUAUUUUUGAUAUUAUUUCCUAUACAGACAACAGCUUAUAUGACAUGUUCUAUUUAAAAAACUUGAAUAAAGACUUUGAAGAGAACACCAAGCUCACCUCCAUCCCGACCUGCAAACGAUUUGUCGUUCCUCUGCAGUUUGACAAGGACGCUGGAGUAGGUUCUAAUUUAGUCACAAUUCCCUCUACUGCAACUGCUGUAAAGGAGAAAGAUGGGAUCUACUGCCAACCUGAAAUACUGUGUGAAGGGAUAGAACUGCCUCGCAUCAACUAUGACUAUAAUGGCAAAAAACACAAGUAUGUCUUUGCAACGGAAGUGCAGUGGAGUCCAAUUCCUACAAAGAUUGCAAAAUUUAAUACCCAGACAAAGGAAAUGCUCCACUGGGGAGGGGAGGACUGCUGGCCAUCAGAGCCCAUCUUUGUUCCCAGCCCUGAUGCAAGAGAAGAGGAUGACGGUGUUGUUCUGACUUGUGUUGUGAGGACUGAUCCAGAGAAAGCACCCUUCCUACUUGUCUUGGAUGCUAAAACAUUCACAGAAUUGGGACGAGCCACAGUAAAUGUAAAAAUGCAUCUGGACCUGCAUGGAAUGUUUAUACCAGAGCAAGAUUUGAAGACUGAGACUGAAUAAAAUGCUGUUUGUCUUAUUGCACAGACCAAGACAACCUUCUACUGAAUGGAGGAUAAUAUCCUUCAGGAACAACCUUCUCUUAUGACAAGAAAUGACUAAUUAUAAUCUCCUCAAUAUCUAUAUAUAAUCUCUUAUAAGAGAUAGCAAUGACUUUUGUUACAAAUUCUUAUAUGCACAACUGGUCUAUCACUAUUCCAAAAGAAGAAUUAUGAGUAUGAAGUGCUAAUGUUUUAUACAACUCACGGGGCAGGGAAUAGGAGACAAAGGUAGCAAGAAAUGUUUUAUUUGAGCAGGCUCAAGCUUUGUGAGGCAAUGAAGGACUGUAUUUAUAGGGUGACGCAUGGCAUGAGUCACAGAUGGCUGCAGGUCAUGGAACUUCCAUGGACUGUUGCAAGACUGCAGCUGACAAUGAAAGUUGUCUCCUGCCAGAAGAACCUCAUGUUAAACUAUCUACUAUAUUAAUAAUUCAUGACAGUGUAUUCUCUUGGUGCUUGAUUUCUUAAAUUCCACCAUAACCAAAGUAUUACGUUGAGGUGCUACAUUUUUCUUAUCCAGAAUCCACAAUACUGCAGCUUUGCUAGUCAUUUCAUGGGGUAUUUCUCACUUUUAUGUUGACAAAACCAAGUAACUUUAUUGAAAUAGAGUAUAUAUUUUUAUGUAUCAUUCAAUUAUACUUUAGUGAUACUCAGUCUUAAGCACUUUGUAUUUAAAUCAGUUUUCCCUGAGGACAAUAUCUGACAUUUCAUGUAACUAGAUGAUUACGUUGUGUAAAAGAUAAAAAAGAAUUGCAGUAUUUAUUACUAUU